AGUGGAGUUUUCAGCUUUUCCACAGAAAUUCAUUGAUUUGUUAGAACAGUGCAUUUUGGAACAAGGAAAACAAGUCCCUCGGUUUUUAAUUCAACUGGUAACAUCUCCUGUUCUGGACUGCAUGACAACAUGUUUAAAUAUAGUGGAAACCAAUCCAUUCAAGCAUCUUACUCAUUUGUCUCUAAAGCUUUUGCCGGGAAGUGACAGUGACAUCAAAAAAUAUCUUACCCUCUGCAUUCAGAAUUUAAAGGAAGAAAAUAGUAGAUUGGAGGACGAAUUGCACAAAUCUGAAGCAGGAUUUUCAAAAAGGUUAAUUGUAACACAGCAGGCUUUGGCAGAAAAAAGUAAGGACCUGGAUAAACUGCAAAAUGAAUGGACAGCACAGACUACUUCACUGACUAACAAGUACACCCAGGAAAUCACAGCAGAAAAGGAAAAAGUGCUGCAAAUUCAAACACAGUAUCAGCUUCAGCAAGAACAACAAAAGAGAGAGAUAGAAGCAACUUACAACAAAAGAGUACAUCACUUAGAAGUCAGGGUAUCUGAAUUAGAAAUGGUUAAUAAGGACCUUACAGAAAGAAAAUACAAGUCUGAGUCUUGUAUACGGGAGUUGAAAUCUAAACUUUCAGGACUUGAAGAGGAAUAUCAGAGGAUAAAACAAGAAGUUCUUUCUCUUCAAAGGGAAAAUUCAACUCUUGAUGCAGAGUGUCAUGAGAAGGAAAAAUUAUUAAACCAGCUAAGGACAUGCAUUGCUGUCCUGGAACAGGAAGUGAAGGAUAAAGAGCAAGUAGUGAUAAGAACCACAGAUGUCUGUGAAAGUGCUCAAGAACACAAGAAAAAGUUGGAAGAGUCUCUGGAGAAGAAGCAGUUGCAAAUUGGGAAGCUUGAAACAACUGUGAAGUCCAUUUCUGAGGAACUUCUGAAAGCUAAUGAAAUUAUCAAAAAGCUCCAGGGAGAGAUGAAGAAAUUAAUGGAGAAGAUGAAGUUAAAAAAUGCAGUGACAAUGCAACAGGAAAAAAUACUAGGAGAGAGGGAGCAAAUCCUGCAAAAGGAGAGGCUGGAGCUUAAUAAUGUGAAACAGGCUCUUCAACAAAAAGAGGAAGAGGCCUUAAACUUACAAGAGCAGCUGGACACCACUGUUCAGAAAUUGGAGGAAAGUAAACAACUGCUGAAAAGUAAUGAGAAUGUAAUUUCCUGGCUAAAUAAACAGCUGAAUGAGAAUAAAAUUGCAUCCAUGCAUGGGUCAUCAGGCCACAGUGAUGUGCCUUGUGCUGGAAACUCUCCCAAUUCAGUGGCAGUGCAAAAUGGUCUGGUACGUUUCAAGCUGUCGGCAAAUACUUCCAGCACUCCAUUAAAUGAAGCAGGAGUUAGUUCAACAUCUACUCCAUUAAUGCCUCCAGACUCUGGCCACAUUGACCCACCUGGUUUAGAUAUGAAAUAUUUGAAGAAAGAUGGCAACUUGCCUUUGAGAGGACUGAAGUCUUUGACUAUAGAAAACACAGUAUUAUCAAGGCCUAUAUUAUCCAAGCAAGGAAGUCCACCUGUAACAUCUGCUUACUUCCCAAAGCAACAGCCUCGACUACCUGCAUCAUGAGCUUCAACACUAUUGUAAUGGAUACAUAGAGAGACUCUUGCUCAUUCUUGGAAACAAUAAUGAAUAUACCAUUUAAAAUGUGUGAUAUAAGAGAGAUGCUUGGACAACAGGAUUUUAAAUUUGACUUUAUGGUCUGUCUGAACUUGUUUACUUUUUUCCCUAUAAAGUCUUUGUUCACUGAAACUGCCACAGUUUGUUCUGGUGUAAAGCCAACCAUUAAAAUAACCUAAUUGCAUUUCUAGAUCUAUAACUUCUUUUUAAACAAUUAAAAAAAUAUAGCAGCAGCUGUUUGAUUCCUCAGACACUCCGCAGCUUACAGGCUGUGCAUGCUGAAUGAAAGUAUUUCUUUCAGGUAUUUUUGCUGCUCCAAAACUGUGUUCGGGUGCACAUGAAUGUAUGUGCAACCUGUCUGGUACAUCCUGUAGCACUGCACUUUUCAUGUUUAAAAGACCUUUUGUAAUAGUCAAAUUAUGAAGAACAAGGUUUUUUUAAGAUGGCAAAUUUAUAGCAGCAGCAGUCCAUUGUGUGUACAGCAUUUACUUUAUGACAUUAAUCACUUCUGUUGAUAACCAUGGUGGACAGAAAUAAUUUCUAAUUGGACCCCUUUUUUACGUUUUCUUCAUGUUAGUUCCUUGAUGACUGACUACUAUUUUUUUUUUCUUUCCUUAAUCAAAUCACACUUUAGAACUUUGGAGGACUCCUACCAGCUUUGUGCAAACGAUAUAGUCAGGGUAUAUCUUGUAAACUGUAUUUUUAGGUAGGGUCAGAUGGGUUAUAUUUAAUCUUGAUAUUUUUUGUAAUAUGAGUAUAAUUUGCUGGCAAAACUUGGAGAAUUACAAUAAUGACAAGAGACACAAUAUUCUGAAUGUGAAAAGUUCUGUAUCUUCACUAUUAAAAAAUAGUAACAGUUUCUUUAGGACAGAGCCAGACUCAAAGUGAAUACAGCUCUAUUUAUUUGAAUUAGUUCAUUUGGCUUUUUGUUAUCAGGGAAAAAUCAAAAGUGUUGGAUUUACCUCUUUCAAAAUGUUCACUUGAUGAAAAGCUCAGUUAGAAGUGUUGCAUUUUGUAAGAUGUAAGUAGACCAUCUGCAUUUCACUUGCACAGCAGUCAUUCCUGCUUUUUUUUUUUACUGAUUAUUCUUCCCACAAUUGUCUCUCUUUUCCUGUGUAAAAUGGGAAAAAAAUCAAGAACGUUUUUAAUGAUAUACUGUACCUCCUCCCAUUUUCAGACAAGGUCUUGGCUCUUUGCAAUCUUACUAGAAAUCUUAGUUUGUAUUUGAUAUUAAACUAGAUUGGAUGUAUGGUAAUUUCCUUUCUCAUUCUGCAGCCUAAUUCUUUGGGGACACAAAAUUGGUUAUUGCAUUAUUGAAGUGAGACAAAUCUGCAGUAAAUUAGUACAUACUAGAUUGAUGGGCUACUUUAGUUUUCAAAAGCACUGUUGAAACUUAAUACCUGGAGGUCUGCAGUUCAUUUUCCUGUCAGUAUUAUAAACAUUAACCUUUUUCCUGAAAUUAUUUUCCUUGGAUGGAAUUGUGGAGUGCAACAAUGUCUAGAAUUAUUUUCUGUUGACUGAUUAUUACUUAGUGUGCCAUCCUUUCAAUUCUGGAACUUGCAGAUACAGUACUCAUGUCAGAGUCCAGGUGAAAUGCAGUAAUUUUUGCUUGGUGCCUUUUUGCAUGGAUUAUUUUAUAAGAGAACUUCAUGCAUCUUAAUUUUCUGGGAAUGUGGAACAUGCAUGUCUUGUAUGUUGAGAGAGAACCUGGGCCGUAUUAAUUCCAUGCAAUGUCUAACAGCAAAUGAGGUGUGCAUGCAUAUAUAAAGAAGU